UGCCUCAGUCUCCGACCUGUCAAUCAAAUCCAUUAUGAACGUCUUGUUAAUGCAGCAAAGCAGCUGAGAGAGGACGAAAAUAGCUCCAGAAGUCACCGCAGGUUGGCUGCUUUUGCAGCCAGGAGAGGAGGAGGCAGCAAGAUGCCUUCUCCAUCAUUCACUCUUGAUGCUCAGCUAAGAUUUCAUGACAAAUGGCUCAAGAUAGACUUACAGCGGGCAUUCUCUCCAGAGGGGCUGAGUGAAAUGUGGAAUGAAAUGGUGAAAGAUGAGGAGAUAACAUUCAACGGGGACGAAUCAGCUCAUCCAGAAGAUUGCACUGAUUGUUUUGGAACUCAGAAGAAAGAUGAGCCCAACGAUAAAGAAAAAAAAGAUGAGGAGGAGCCAUCAACGUCCGUGCAUCAAUCCAUCAUUGAGUCGUGGGAUUGGGGGCAGCAGCCAGAUGAAACAGAGUUAAAAGACUGUUUGCUGGUCCUCGUUGACGACCAGCAGAAGCUCUCGGCUCAGAUGGCUAAAAGCACGAUGUCUGCUCAGCGGCUGCGUCAGCGCCUGGUCAUCCUGGAGCGGUAUCUCAUCUCUCUCAGCCACAGCAUGAUGGAGGAGAAGUACAAAGUCCGCUGGAAGACACCCCCGAGCCCCCCUAUGCCUACUGCUGACAAUAAGAGCACUCGUCCAGCCAGUAAAGGUGUUGAAGGUUUGGCCAGAGUGGGCUCCAGGGCAGCUCUCUCUUUUGCCUUUGCUUUCCUGCGUCGGGCGUGGAGGUCAGGAGAUGAUGCAGAUCUUUGCAGCGAGCUUCUCCAGGAGUCCCUGGAUGCGCUGCGCGCGCUGCCUGAGGCCACACUGUUCGAUGAGGGAACUGUGUCCUCGGUGUGGCUGGAAGUUGUUGAGAGAGCCACAAAGUUUCUCAGUGAUGUCCAUGGAAAUGCCACCACCAAAGGUAACAUUCCUCUUCAGGACCAGCAUCUUGCUCUGGCCAUCCUGCUGGAGCUGGCGGUACAGAGGGGCACUCUCAGUCAGCUGCUCUCUGCUGUUCUGCUGCUGUUACGCCUGUGGGAAAACGGCACCAGAGAGAUGGACAAUGAGCGCUCCACCCAGGGAACCAGUGCGCCUCUACUGCCGCUCCUGCAGCGAUUUCACAACAUUCACAGCAGCAAGGAGGAGCCCAUGCCUGAAGUGGAUGCUGAGAUCCUCACAACACCUCUCAGUCCAAACGAGAGUUUCCUACGCUAUCUAACCUUGCCUCAGGACAAUGACCUGGCCAUUGAUCUUCGACAAACAGCUGUUGUGAUAAUGGCUCAUUUGGACCGUUUGGCGUCUCCCUGCAGCCCCCCGCACUGCAACUCCCCCUCGUCUAACAAGGGGACUUUGCAGGAAGUUAUUGCCUGGGGCCUGUUGGGUUGGAAACUGCAUGCCAACGUCAAUGGACCCAUUCAGUGUAAAGCUCUGUCAAGCCUCGGAGUCGCACAAAUUGUCUGCUCAGAAAAAGGUUUUCUCAUCUUGUCCAGCAGCGGUGCUAUUUACACCCAGAACUACAAGAGCACAACACUGGCUCCUCUGCUGAUCCACAGUCUGAGCUCCAGAAAGAUUGUGAAGCUUGCAGCUCAUCCCGAUGGGCAACAUUACCUGGCCCUGUCAGCCAACGGGGAGGUGUUCUCAUGGGGUUGUGGUGAUGGAGGCCGCCUGGGACAUGGAGACACCACCUACUUAGAAGAGCCCACAGUGAUUGCAGCCUUCAAUGGGAAACAGACUGGAAAGCAUGUGGUGCACGUCGCCUGUGGCAGCACAUACAGCGCUGCGAUCACAGCUGACGGCGAGCUCUACACCUGGGGCCGAGGGAACUAUGGUCGACUGGGUCAUGGCUCUAGUGAGGACCAGACUACACCCAUGCUUGUGACAGCCCUGAAGGGACUUAAAGUGGUGGAUGUGGCAUGUGGCAGUGGUGAUGCCCAAACACUUGCUGUGACGGAAAAUGGUCAGGUGUGGUCCUGGGGGGAUGGGGAUUAUGGUAAACUGGGUCGAGGAGGCAGCGAUGGCUGCAAGACGCCCAAACUCGUAGAGAAGCUGCAGGACCUGGACAUAGUGAAGGUGUGCUGUGGCAGUCAGUUUUCAGUAUCGCUCACUAAAGAUGGCCAAGUGUACACCUGGGGGAAGGGAGACAACCAGCGUCUGGGUCAUGGCACUGAUGAGCAUGUUCGCUAUCCAAAGUUGCUAGACAGUCUACAAGGAAUAAAAGUUGUGGAUGUUGCUGUGGGAUCUACACAUUGCUUAGCUCUCACCGACGAUGGGGAAGUGCACAGUUGGGGCAACAACGAUAAGCUGCAGCACUUUGAUACUCUCUUCUCCAACAAGAAGCAGCCUAAAGCACUCCCGGGGCUCAACUCCAAACACAUAGUGGGAAUCACCUGUGGCCCGGGACAAAGCUUCGCUUGGUCUUCUUGUUCAGAGUGGUCUGUUGGGCAGCGUGUUCCCUUUGUGGUAGACGUCUGCCCCAUGACCUUCGAACAGUUAGACCUGCUGCUGCGACAGGUUAGCGAAGGGAUGGACGGGAGCUCAGACUGGCCUCCCGCUCAGGAGAAGGAGUGUAUGGUAGUAGCUACGCUCAACCUGCUCCGGCUCCAGCUCCAUGCAGCCAUCAGUAACCAGGUGGACCCUGAGGAGCUGGGACUGGGGCUUGGCAGCGUCCUGCUUAACAACCUCAAACAGACAGUGGUAGUGCUCGCUAGCAACGCUGGUGUGCUCAAUACUGUGCAAGCAGCUGCCCAAGCUGUCCUGCAAAGUGGCUGGUCAGUCCUGCUGCCAACAGCUGAGGAAAGAGCGCGGGCGCUGUCCUCACUGCUGCCCAAUGCAGCAUCAGGGAAUGAGAUGAAUGUGAGUCCAGGAAGACGGUUCAUGAUUGACCUGUUGGUGAGCAGUUUAAUGGCUGAUGGAGGGUUGGAAUCUGCACUCAAUGCAGCCAUUACUGCUGAGAUACAGGAUAUUGAAGCCAAGAAGGAAGCUCAGAAGGAGAAGGAGAUAGAUGAGCAGGAGGCUAAUGCCUCAACCAUCCACCGCUGUCGCACCAUCCUCGACAAAGAUCUCAUCAACACCGGCAUUUAUGAGUCAACAGGGAAGCAAAGCCUGCCUUUGGUGCAGCUUGUUCAGCAGCUUUUGAGGAAUAUCGCCUCUCAGACCAUAGCAAGGCUGAAGGAUGUUGCUCGCCGCAUCUCCAAUUAUUUGGAGGCGGAGCAUGUUAGCAAGGAGCGCUCUGCAUCUUUGGAUCUGCUUCUGCGCUUCCAGAGGCUGCUGGUCAGCAAGUUAUACCUGGGUGUCACCAGCACAGAGAACAGUAAUGGAUACAAUCCUGAGCUCCUGGGCGUCGGCUCUCUGCUAAAGAAGUACAUUGCUCUGCUGUGUACUCAUAUUGGGGACAUUCUUCCCGUGGCAACAAGUAUUGCGUCCACCGGUUGCCGACAUUUUGCAGAAGUUUCUCGUGUUAUUGAAGGAGAUCUAACUGGAGUGCUUCUGCCUGAGCUGGUCGUGUCCAUCGUUCUCCUCCUGACCAUCGAUGCUGGUCUGAUGCAGGAAACUGGUUCAAUCCCUCUGCUGGCUGGACUCUUGGAGCACUUGGAUCGUUUCAACCAUCUGGCCCCAGGACAAGAGAGGGAUGAAAACGAGGACUUGGCCUGGCCAGGCAUUAUGGGGUCCUUCUUCACAGGACAAAGUUCGAGGAACAACGAGGAGAUUUCUCUCAUCCGCAAGGCUGACCUGGAGAAUCAUAACAAAGAUGGUGGCUUCUGGACAGUAAUCGAUGGCAAAGUUUAUGAUAUCAAAGAUUUCCAGGCCCAGUCGCUAACAGGGAACAGUAUUUUGGCUCAGUUUGCAGGAGAGGACCCCGUGGUUGCGUUGGAAGCUGCCCUGCAGUUCGAAGACACCCGGGAAUCUAUGCAAGCAUUCUGUGUUGGCCAGUAUAUGGAGCCGAACCAGGAGACGGUCACUACUCCAGACCUCAGCAGUCUGUCUUCCCCACUUAUUGACACUGAGCGGAAUCUGGGGCUCCUGCUGGGUCUUCACGCCUCCUACCUGGCUAAGAGCUCCCCAUUGUCCCCCAUGGAAAUUGAAUGUGCCAAAUGGCUCCAGUCCUCCAUAUUCUCUGGUGGCCUUCAGACCAGUCAGAUUCACUACAAUUACAACGAAGAGAAAGAUGAAGACCACUGCAGCUCUUUGGGUACAACCACUCCAGAUAAAGCCAAACUUUACUCGCGCAGAAUAACCCUUAGCGACCAUGCACAGCCUUUCCUGCAGGCCAUAGCUGACAACACCACUCAGGACCACACCGUGAAGGACUUCCUGUGCCAAAUAGAGCGUUGCUGUAAGCAGUACCAUCUUAUUACACCCAUCACCUUCCCUCCGGAGCACCCUGUGGAGGAAGUUGGCCGCCUGCUGCUCUGCUGCCUGCUCAAACAUCAAGACCUCGGUCACAUUGCUCUCUCACUUGUCAGUCAAUGUGCCUUGGGUGUGGACCAAGGGAAACAGAGGUCCCUCCCCAAAUCUGUGAUUGACGUGUGCCGCAUGGUCUACCAGGCAAAAUGUUCUUUAAUCAAGACCCAUCAGGAACAAGGUCGUUCUUACAAGGAAGUGUGUGCUCCUGUUGUGGAGCGCCUGCGCUUCCUCUUUAAUGAGUUACGUCCUGCCGUGAGCAACGACCUGUCUAUCGUGUCCAAACUAAAGCUGCUGAGCUCUCAGCCCCGUUGGAGGAGGAUCACCCAGAAACUUAUCAGGGACCGGAGAAAAAAAAGAGUGCCUAAGAAGUCAGAGUCUGCUGACAUAGAAGAACCAAAGGUUGAAAAUGAAGAGACCAAUGAAGAAGAGCAUAAUGUUCACAUCAGUCCCCCUCCUGCAGACAGGAAAUCACCCACUGGCAAAACAUCCAAGCAGGACCGGUGGCACCCGCUUCUACACACUGUUGCCAACGUUCAAAGAUACCGGUGGCUGAAGCACAGUGUUCCUGGAGUCUUUUCUCAGUCCAGCCUCAUGGCUACUAUUGUGGAGUUUGCUCUGAAAGAGGAACCACUGGAUGUGGAAAAGAUGAGGAAGUGUCUACUGAAGCAGCUGGAGAGAGCUGAGGUGAGGCUGGAAGGCAUCGACACCAUGCUGAAGUUGGCUUCCAAAAGCUUCCUGCUGCCGUCUGUGCAGUAUGCAAUGCUCUGUGGCUGGCAGAGGGUCAUACCAGAAGGGACCAACAUUGGAGAGCCCUUGUCUGAUUGCCUGAAAGAUGUAGAUCUAAUCCCUCCCUUCAACCGCAUGCUUCUGGAGGUGACAUUUGGCAAGUUGUACUCUUGGGCCAUCCAAAAUGUUCGCAGCAUCCUACUUGAGGCCAGCGCCAAGUUCAAAGAACUAGGUGUGCAGCCAGUUCCCUUGCAGACCAUAACCAAUGAGAACCCAGCAGGACCAAGCCUUGGCACCAUUCCACAGGCCCGAUUCCUUCUAGCCAUGAUACACGUGCUGUCUCUGAAACAUGGGUCUAACAGCCUGAGUCUCUUGCUGAAUUCUGGCCUACUGGCCCUCACACAGUGUAUACUCCGGCUUAUAGGACCCAGUGCAGACAGCAGUGAGGAGGACCUGAGCUUAUGUGCUCACGGAGGCUCGGCUACAGUACUGGAGGAGUCUAGAAAGGAGGCAACCCCGACCCCAGUACCUGCUUCUGGCCCAGAGCUGGCUGCCAUGAUGAAGAUCGGCACCAGGGUCAUGAGGGGAGUUGAUUGGAAAUGGGGAGAUCAGGAUGGUCCAGCACCCGGUUUGGGUAGGGUCAUCGGGGAGCUGGGUGAGGAUGGAUGGAUCAGAGUUCAGUGGGAUACAAGCAGCACCAACUCGUACAGGAUGGGCAAAGAGGGCAAGUAUGACCUUAAACUUGCAGAGCCACCCCCGGCUGCUCAGCCCACUACAGAGGACUCGGAUACUGAGGAUGACACAGAAGGCGAGUUGAUGGAGAAAAGCAGUCACCCCACAGCCAUGAUGCUCACCAGCACCAUCAACUUGCUGAAGACACUCUCCCUAUCAGCCGGGAUCUAUGCUGAAGUUUUGCAAACAGAUGCUACACGGACUCUGUGUGGAUUACUGAGGAUGCUUGUUGAAAGUGGAGCAAAUGACAAGUCAGGCUGCCACUCCCACAUGUUGGUGUCUCGGGAGCAGCACAGGAGCUGGUGUACUCUGGGCUUCAUUCGCAGCAUUGCUUUAAAGCCACAGAUGUGCAGCAACCUCAGCACCUUUACCUGGAUUGGCCUGCUCGUCCGAAUUGUAGAGGGACACCAGUCUUUCAAUGCCAUUACUCUGCAGAGACAAAUCCUGGCACUACGUCUCCUGCAGGCAGUCCUACCUUCAUGGGACAAGACUGAGCGCUCCCAGGACAUGAAGUUCCUUGUGGAAAAGUUGUUCAACUUCUUGGGAAGCCUGUUAAGCACCUGCUCCUCAGAUCUGCCCCUUCUCCGAGAUGGUUCCAUGCGGAGGAAGAAGUCCCGCCCACAGGCGUCUCUCACUGCCACUCACAGCAGCACACUGGCAGAGGAGAUUGUGGCUGUUCUGCGGACUCUGCACUCUCUUGGCCAGUGGAACAGCAUGAUCAAUGAUUACAUCAACGCUCAGUUGAGCUCCAUUGGCGACGUUAUGGCAGCUUGCCAGUCUGAAGCUUGUUUCUUGGAGGACUAUUUUCCUGAUUCCGACGGUCUCAGAGUAGGUAGUCUGAUGGCAGUGUUGGCCGUGAUCGGUGGGAUUGAUGGGCGCCUACGGCUGGGGGGGCAGGUCAUUCACGAGGAACACGGAGAGGGAACAGUCACGCGCAUCACUCCAAAAGGCCGCAUCACCGUCCAGUUUCAUGAGAUGAGAAUCUGUCGAGUUUGCCUGCUCAGCCAUCUCAAGCCGCUGCCUGCCAUAACCUUCAGCGUGCAAAACCUGCCCUUUACCGAGCCCAUGUUGGUAGUUUGGGCUCAGUUGGUCAGUUUGGCUGGGAGCAAACUCGAGAAACAACGCAUGAAGAAGUCUCUUAGCCGAGGGCUCACAGCUGAUCAGGUGGAUAUUCAUUUGCUGCGAUGCCAGCAGCUGCGGCUUUAUAUUUUGAAGGCAGGACGAGCCCUGCUCUCCCAUCAGGACAAACUCAGGCAGAUCCUCUCCCAGGCAGCAGUAGCUGACUUGGGACCCAACCCCAGUGAGGAUCCAGUUGCAUCAUCUCCUGACGCUGGGGAGCUGUCUCCUGAGGGUCCACUGCCUCCACUGAUUCUCCUGCAGCAGCUGCUAUCGGCUGCCACUCAGCCCUCCCCGAUCAAAGCCAUCUUUGACCGGCAGGAGAUGGAGGCAGCAGCUCUGGCAGUGUGUCAGUACUUGGCAGUGGAAUCUGCCCACCCGUCCUCCCCGCUGUUUGAGGAGAGCAGCUCCAGCGAGGCCACCACGCCCGUCACUGUGCAGCAUGUCAAACCACCGAAGCAGAAAAAGCUGAAGACCUCCCCUGUCCCUCCGUUACCCAUUGUCCUCCAGCUUAUGGAAAUGGGGUUUCCACGGAAGAACAUCGAGUUUGCCUUGAAGUCACUGUCUGGUACUACCGGCAGCGCCUCUGGUGUCCCAGGUGUUGAGUCUCUGGUGAGCUGGCUGCUGGAUCAUCCGGACAUUCACGUCACCGAGCUGUCUGACGCCGACACUGUGUCCGAUGAAUACUCCGAUGAGGAGGUGCUGGAGGAGCUGGAGGAGGCAGAACCCACAUUCUCUGUGCCUCCUGGUGUAGUGGUGACUGAGAGCCAAACGUUUAAGAAGAGGUCGGAUUUCCAAAGCAACGAUGACUAUGCUGUGUAUGUGAGAGAGAACAUUCAGGUGGGUAUGAUGGUGAAAUGCUGCAGAACGUACGAGGAAGUGCACGAUGGAGAUGUCGGGAAAGUGAUAAAGCUGGACAGGGAUGGACUUCAUGACUUAAAUGUGCAGUGUGACUGGCAGCAAAAAGGAGGAACGUACUGGGUUCGCUACAUCCACAUUGAGUUAAUUGGAUUCCCACCACAAACUUCUCCUUCUCAUAUAAAGAUUGGUGACAAAGUUAGGGUAAAGCCAACGGUCACAACACCAAAGUACAAAUGGGGCUCUGUCACUCACAGGAGUGUCGGGGUAGUGAAAGCUUUCAGUGCCAAUGGAAAGGAUGUGAUUGUGGACUUCCCGCAACAGUCCCACUGGACUGGUUUGUUAUCUGAAAUGGAGCUGGUCCCAAGUGUCCAUCCUGGCGUGAGGUGUGAUGGCUGUCAGAUGUUCCCUAUUAACGGCCCCCGAUUUAAAUGCAAAAACUGUGACGACUUUGACUUCUGUGAAAACUGCUUCAAGACACGGAAACACAACACAAGACAUUCCUUCGGCAGAAUCAACGAGCCCGGCCAGUCUCCAGCGUUUUGCGGCCGUUCUGGAAAACAACUCAAGAAGCAUCACAACAGCCAGCGUGGGAUGCUGAUCGACGACUGGUCCCGUGCUGUGAAGAGCCUUAAUGUGUCGUCAUCUGUUAACCAGGCCUCUCGUCUCAUUGACUGCAGCGAUCAGUGCUGGCAGUCCUCGGGCUCACAGGGGAAGCACUGGAUUCGUCUCGAGCUUUUCCCGGAUGUUCUUGUGCACAGGCUGAAGAUGAUUGUAGACCCGGCAGACAGCAGCUACAUGCCCUCUCUUGUAGUGGUGUCAGGUGGGAGCUCUUUGAACAACUUAAUUGAGCUCAAGACAAUAAACAUCAAUCCCACAGACACCACUGUCCUCCUGCUCAGUGACUGCACUGAGUUUCACAGAUACAUUGAGGUUGCAAUCAAGCAGUGUCGAAGCUCUGGUAUAGACUGCAAGAUUCAUGGACUUGCCAUCGUAGGACGUAUCAGAGCAGAUGACGAAGACCUGGCUGCAGUCCCUUUCCUGGCAUCUGACAACGAGGAAGACGAUGAUGAGAAAACUGCAGCUGGGAGUCUCGCCCGGAAGAAACCAUCAGGAUUGGAGUCAUCCGCCACCAUCAGGACCAAAGUGUUUGUUUGGGGUCUGAAUGACAAGGACCAACUGGGAGGGCUCAAGGGCUCUAAGAUAAAAGUUCCUUCUUUCUCUGAAACACUGUCUGCACUCAAUGUGGUGCAAGUGGCUGGUGGCUCCAAAAGUCUCUUUGCAGUAACUGUGGAGGGGAAGAUUUAUGCAUGCGGAGAGGCCACCAAUGGCAGGCUGGGUCUGGGCCUCUCGAGUGGGACCAUCCCAAUCCCCCGUCAAAUCACCGCUCUCAGUAAUUACGUGGUGAAGAAGGUGGCUGUACAUUCUGGUGGACGCCAUGCGAUGGCACUGACUGUGGAUGGCAAGGUCUUUUCCUGGGGCGAAGGAGAUGACGGCAAACUGGGACACUUUAGUAGAAUGAACUGUGAUAAACCUCGCUUGAUUGAGGCAUUGAAGACCAAACGCAUCCGUGACAUCGCCUGUGGCAGCUCUCACAGUGCCGCAAUCACCUCCAGCGGGGAGCUGUACAGCUGGGGCUUGGGUGAAUACGGCCGCCUCGGUCACGGGGACAACACUACUCAACUGAGGCCCAAGCUGGUGAAAGUGCUCUUGGGCCACCGUGUUGUCCAGGUGGCUUGUGGUAGCAGGGACGCUCAAACUCUAGCCCUCACUGAUGAAGGAUUGGUGUUCUCGUGGGGUGAUGGGGAUUUUGGGAAGCUCGGGCGUGGAGGCAGCGAGGGCUGCAACAUACCUCAGAACAUAGAGAGGCUCAACGGACAGAGCGUCUGCCAGAUUGAGUGUGGAGCACAGUUUUCCCUGGCUCUUACCAAGUCUGGCAUGGUGUGGACUUGGGGCAAAGGCGACUAUUUCAGGUUAGGCCAUGGCACCGAUGUCCAUGUUCGGAAGCCCCAGAUGGUGGAAGGACUGAGAGGAAAAAAGAUCGUCCAUGUGGCUGUUGGAGCAUUACACUGUCUGGCCGUCACAGAGACAGGACAGGUGUAUGCAUGGGGUGACAAUGAUCAUGGGCAGCAGGGAAAUGGUACCACCACAGUUAACAGAAAACCCACCCUGGUUCAAGGCCUGGAGGGACAGAAGAUCACUCGAGUGGCAUGUGGCUCCUCCCACAGUGUGGCCUGGACGACUGUGGAUGUGACCACACCCUCAGUUCACGAGCCGGUCCUUUUCCAGACAGCCAGGGACUCCCUUGGAGCUUCAUACCUCGGUGUUCAAUCAGACAGUGACUCUUCAGCAGCUAGCAACAAGAUGAGCGGGCAGAGCAGCGUGAAGCCCAGCCGCCCCUCGCUGGCCAAGAUUCUCCUCAGUCUGGAUGGCAACCUGGCCAAGCAGCAGGGUCUUUCCCAUGUACUGUCAGCCCUCCAAAUCAUGUAUGCAAGAGAUGCAGUGGUUGGUGCUCUGAUGCCAGCCAGCAUGAUCCUGCCAGCAGAGUGUCCUUCCAGCUCCCCCAUUCCACCGCUGGACUCCUCAUCUUCAUCCUGUGUCAGUGAUGAAGAGUGUCCACCUGUGCUUGCUGAAACUGAGGAACAAGCCAGCCCUAAUUCCUGGCAAGAUAAGAAGGGAGAGGCGGAACAGGUUCCCUCAUCAGAAGAUGCCAUCACGCCGUCAUCAGCUGUGACUCCAUCUGCCUGUGGAGCUUCCUCACGUCCGUUCAUUCCCGUCACCGAUGACCCCGGAGCAGCCAGCAUCAUAGCUGAGACCAUGACAAAGACAAAAGAGGACUCUGAGAGCCAGAGUAAAGUGGUUGGCCCAGAGCCCCAGUACCUGGACGAGUUCACCAGUCUCCUUGUUCCCGAUGAUACUCGGGUGAUGGUGGACGUGCUGAAGCUGGCAGUGUCCUGUCGUGCUGGGGAAAAAGGCAAGGAGGUGCUGUCUGCUGUGUUGUCUGGCAUGGGAACAGCUUAUCCACAGGUGGCCGACAUGCUGCUGGAGCUGUGUGUCACUGAAUUGGAGGAUGUUGCCACAGACUCACAGAGUGGCCGCUUAUCCUCCCAGCCAGUUGUCGUAGAGAGCAGCCAUCCAUACACAGAUGACACAUCUACUAGUGGCACUGUGAAGAUCCCAGGUGCUGAAGGUCUAAGGAUAGAAUUUGAUCGACAGUGUUCAACUGAGAGACGCCACGAUCCGCUAACAGUCAUGGAUGGAGCCAACAGGAUUGUCUCCGUCAGAUCAGGCCGAGAGUGGUCUGACUGGUCCAGUGAAUUAAGGAUCCCAGGAGAUGAACUUAAAUGGAAGUUUACAAGUGAUGGUUCAGUUAAUGGUUGGGGCUGGCGUUUCACUGUCUACCCCAUCAUGCCUGCAGCAGGUCCUAAAGACUUGCUAUCGGAUCGAUGCAUCUUGUCCUGCCCCUCCAUGGACUUGGUCACCUGCCUCUUGGACUUCAGGCUCAACUUUGCUUCCAACAGGAGUAUUGUUCCCCGUCUGGCCGCCUCCCUCGCUGCUUGUGCUCAGCUUAGUGCACUAGCUGCUGGACACAGAAUGUGGGCUCUGCAGCGACUACGAAAGCUUCUGACCACUGAAUAUGGCCAGUCCAUCAACAUAAACAGGCUGCUGGGUGACAGUGAAGGCGAGGCUCGCUCUGUUAGUUUCACAGGCAGCGCUCUGGCUGCUCUCGUAAAAGGACUACCUGAGGCUCUGCAGAGGCAGUAUGAGUACGAGGACCCUGUUGUCAGAGGAGGGAAGCAGCUGCUUCAUAGUCCAUUUUUCAAGGUCCUGGUCGCUCUUGCUUGUGACCUUGAGCUUGACGCCUUAGCCUGCUGUGCAGAGACCCAUAAGUGGGCCUGGUUCCGCCGAUAUUGCACCGCCUCAAGAGUAGCUAUAGCCCUGGAUAAAAGAACCUCUCUGCCGAGAGCUUUCUUGGAUGAGGUUACAAAGAAAAUCCGGGAGCUCAUGGCAGAUCACGAGAGCAUGAACGUACUCCAUGAAAGUCACGACUUGUUUAAGCGCGAGCAUGACGAGCAGCUUGUGCAGUGGAUGAACAGGCGGCCAGAUGACUGGACUCUCUCUGCUGGGGGAAGCGGCACGAUCUACGGCUGGGGCCACAACCACAGAGGGCAGCUGGGGGGCAUUGAGGGGGCAAAAGUCAAAGUACCAACGCCCACUGAAGCUCUUGCCACUCUGAGGCCGGUACAGCUUAUCGGAGGCGAACAGACUCUUUUCGCUGUAACUGCUGAUGGAAAGCUGUAUGCAACAGGAUAUGGAGCAGGGGGUAGAUUGGGUAUCGGUGGCACCGAGUCUGUGUCAACCCCAACUUUACUGGAGUCCAUUCAGCACGUCUUUAUCAGGAAGGUGGCUGUGAACUCUGGAGGAAAACAUUGCUUGGCUCUUUCUUCUGAGGGAGAAGUCUACUCCUGGGGAGAAGCAGAAGAUGGAAAACUGGGCCACGGCAACAGAAGCCCUUGUGAUCGCCCUCGUGUAAUUGAAUCGCUGAGGGGAGUGGAAGUGGUGGAUAUUGCAGCUGGAGGGGCGCACAGUGCCUGCAUCACUGCCAGUGGAGAGCUCUUCACCUGGGGCAAGGGCCGGUAUGGACGAUUAGGCCAUGGAGACAGCGAGGACCAGCUUAAACCCAAACUGGUGGAUGCACUGCAAGGCCACAGGGUAAUUGAUGUGGCCUGUGGCAGUGGGGAUGCCCAAACGCUGUGUCUAACUGAUGACGACAUGGUUUGGUCCUGGGGAGAUGGAGACUAUGGCAAGUUAGGCCGAGGGGGCAGCGACGGCUGCAAAAUCCCCAUGAAGAUCGAUUCUCUUACUGGCCUCGGUGUAGUCAAAGUGGAGUGUGGCUCCCAGUUCUCUGUGGCGCUCACCAAAUCUGGAGCAGUGUACACAUGGGGGAAAGGUGACUACCAUCGACUGGGCCAUGGCUCUGAUGACCACGUACGACGACCCAGACAGGUGCAGGGGCUACAAGGCAAAAAAGUAAUUGCCAUCGCCACCGGGUCACUGCACUGUGUUUGCUGCACAGAGGAUGGAGAAGUGUACACGUGGGGGGACAACGAUGAGGGACAACUUGGGGACGGGACCACUAAUGCUAUCCAGAGGCCUCGACUGGUGGCUGCGCUGCAGGGCAAGAAAAUCAACCGAGUUGCCUGCGGCUCUGCUCACACGCUCGCCUGGUCCACCAGCAAGCCCACUAAUGCUGGGAAAUUGCCUGCACAGGUUCCCAUGGAGUACAACCAUCUACAGGAGAUUCCCAUCAUGGCCCUGAGGAACAGGCUCUUGCUGCUGCAUCACUUCUCUGAGCUUUUCUGCCCCUGCAUACCCAUGUUUGACCUUGAGGGUCGACUGGGUCAGACAGGCCAUGGCCCCUCGGUUGGGUUUGACACACUCAGAGGAAUCCUCAUCUCCCAGGGAAAGGAAGCAGCUUUCAGGAAGGUGGUUCAAGCUACGAUGGUGAGGGACAGACAGCAUGGACCUGUGGUGGAGCUUAACAGAAUACAGGUGAAGCGUUCCCGUAGCAAAGGGGGCCUGGCAGGCCCUGAUGGAACCAAGUCUGUGUUUGGUCAGAUGUGUGCCAAAAUGAGUUCAUUCAGUCCAGACAGCCUGUUGCUCCCUCACCGUGUGUGGAAGGUGAAAUUUGUGGGUGAAUCUGUGGAUGACUGUGGUGGAGGCUACAGUGAAUCCAUUGCUGAAAUGUGUGAAGAGCUCCAGAAUGCCCUGACGCCGCUGCUCAUCGUAACCCCUAACGGCCGGGAUGAGUCGGGGGCUAACAGGGAUUGUUUCCUGCUCAACCCUGCAGCCAAGUCCCCUCUUCACAUGAGCAUGUUUCGGUUUCUAGGAGUCCUCCUAGGAAUUGCGAUCCGAACAGGAAGCCCUCUGAGCCUGAAUCUGGCAGAGCCUGUAUGGAAACAGCUGGCAGGCAUGAACUUGACCAUCGCUGACCUUAGUGAGGUUGAUAAGGAUUUUAUUCCUGGUUUAAUGUACAUUCGGGACAACGAGGCCACAGCCGAGGAGUUUGAAGGAAUGAGCCUUCCCUUCACGGUUCCCAACGCCAGCGGUCAGGACAUCCAGCUCAGCUCCAAGUACUCCCACAUCACCCUGGAGAACCGGGCAGAAUAUGUGCGCUUGGCAAUGAACUACAGACUCCAUGAGUUUGAUGAGCAGGUAUCUGCUGUGCGAGAAGGAAUGGCUCGCGUGGUUCCCGUUCCUCUUCUUUCACUUUUCACGGGUUACGAGCUGGAAACGAUGGUGUGUGGAAGUCCAGACAUCCCGCUCCACCUGCUAAAGUCAGUAGCCACUUACAAGGGUGUGGAGCCGACGGCGCCGCUCAUCCAGUGGUUCUGGGAGGUGAUGGAGUCCUUCUCCAAUACGGAGAGGUCCCUGUUCCUGAGGUUCGUCUGGGGCCGCACGCGGCUGCCACGCACCAUCGCUGACUUCCGGGGCCGGGAUUUUGUUGUACAGGUGCUGGAUAAAUACAACCCUCCCGACCACUUCCUGCCAGAGUCCUACACCUGCUUCUUCCUGCUCAAACUGCCCAGGUACUCGUGUAAACAGGUGCUGGAGGAGAAACUAAAAUAUGCCAUUCACUUCUGCAAGUCCAUCGACACAGACGACUACGCCCGCAUCGCCCUGUCGGGGGAACCAGCAGCUGACGACAGCAGUGAAGACUCCGAUAACGAAGACGCUGACUCUUUUGCCUCCGACUCGACGCAGGACUACUUAACUGGACACUGAGCCUUUUUAUCUACCGAUGGGCAAAUGAAGGAGAAGCGGCCGCUGAUAAGAGCUCUGUUAAUUUAACCUAAGAAAUGCACACAUGCAGGCAUUUUGAUAAAACAUAAAUGUCUCGUUAAAGGGGUGCGAAAUAUGUUUUAAAAGCAUUAUAAGCUUAAAGGAAAAAAAAAAAGAGGAACAAACAGCUGUUGCUCUGACUUGUGUUUUUUUUUUUAAGAAGUAGGGCAAUCAGAUUCACAUGUGAUUGUUGUGUUACAUGGGAAUUACAUAUAUUGCAGUUACAGAGACUUAAAAAAAAAAAAAAAAGGCUCCAGCCUAGCACUGUGGUAGAUUUCUCCCCCUGGUUUUGUGUGAAUUACCGCUCCCUAGAUUGUAUAAAGAAGUUGAUGUGCAGCAACAGUAGUAUUACUUUUCUUUCUUGGUAACAGCCAUGUUUCUUUAUAUAAAUAUAUAUAUAUAAAUAAAUAAAAAUAAACAAAAAACAUUUUUAACGUAAAUUUAGUCUUUGUCACAUGGCUCACUUCUGUCAGAGCCCACUGAAGAGUCAUUUUAAGAUUCCUGUAUUAUCAUGAUUGUGCACUGUCUCCUUAAAGAAUGUACAUAUGAUUGUGCCAUGUAUUCACAGAAGGUCUCAUUCCUGCAUAUUAUAUGUUAAUACAUUUCUGUUAAUAAACACAAUGGCGCUGUCCUGA